AUGGAAUCACAUCAAGUGCUGAUUAUUGGGGCUGGUACUUUUGGUCUUUCCACAGCUUUGGAGCUUCUUCGCAAAGGCCACAAAAGUGUGAAACUCUUGGAUCCUUUUGUGGUACCAUCUCCUCUAUCUGCAGGAAAUGAUAUUAACAAAAUCUUUCAGUCCACAGUGGAGAACGAGUUCUACUCCAGUCUGGCUCUGGAGUCUCUGGAGUGUUGGAGGACCGAUCCGGUGUACAAACCGGCAUUCCACGAAACUGGAAUUGUAUAUGGUGCUACCGGUAACGAAGCAGCUGCAGAAAUUUCAAGAAGGUUGGCCAGACUAAAAGAGAUCGGGGUUGAGGCCACACCGUUGACUUCUCCAGAAGACUUUGCCCAACUGGUUAAAUUCCCCACAAUAGCGAUCGAACACAAAAUCACCGACUUGAGUUUGGAUGAUAAGAGGUUCAAGGACUGGAUGGGUUACUUUCAGUCUGAAAAGUGCGGUUGGACCUUUGCUAGUCUUGCCUUACAAAGAGCGGCCGAAGAGUGUAGCAGACUUGGAGCCGAGUUUGUGCUUGGCUCGGCUGAAGAGUUGUUAUACAAAGAAGAUGGCAGCUGUUCUGGCGUUAGGACAUUCUCCGGCGACAUAAUCAAGUCGGAUGUGGUUGUAAUAGCUGCUGGAGCAAGUAGCAUAAAAUUGCUAGACUAUAAGGGACAGCUUCUUGCGAAGUGUUUCACCGUUGGACACAUCCAGCUCAGCGAAGAAGAGGCUCUUUCACUGAAAAACUCGCCCGUUGUAUUGAAUCUUGAUGAAGGAUUUUUUUUUGAACCAGACAGAAACAACGAGCUCAAGUUCUGUAACGAGUUUCCUGGCUACGUCAACAUAGACAAGCACACUGGCGUUUCUGUACCUUCCUACAGAAACCAAAUUCCUAUCGAAGCGGAAAGACAAAUGCGCUCCUUUUUGAAGCAGGUGUUUCCUCAGUUGGCCAGAAGGAAAUUUUCAGUAGCAAAGAUCUGCUGGUGUACUGAUACCACAGACCGGCAUUUUUUAAUUGGCAACCACCCAGAUCACAAAGGUUUAGUUCUUGCUACUGGGGACUCCGGUCAAGGAUUCAAAUUCAUGCCCAUCAUAGGAAAAUAUAUUUCGACGGUGGUUCUUGAGGGUGACAAAGCUUUGGACUCUAUCAGGAGAAAUGCCUGGAAAUGGAGACCGGAGCAAGCGGAAUCUAGAAAUAUUCUGCACAGGCAGGGCAGGUUUGGAGGUUCAAAUGAGGUUAAGGAUUUGAAGGCUAUAGAUGAAUGGACAGACGGAAAUGCAUGCUUAUUGUGA